AUGCCCCUCCUGGACACAAUGUACUGUGCCCAACAAAUCAGAAUCCCUCCUGAGCUUCCUGACAUCCUCAAAAACUUCACUAAGGCAGCCAUCCGAACACAGCCCAAGGACCUGCUGUUGUGGUCUGCAGCAUACUUCAGCGCACUGUCUAAAGGAGAGUGUUUGCCUGUCAAGGACAGGCUGGAGAUGAAUGUUGCCACCCAGAAGACAGACACUGGGCUGACUCCAGGUCUACUUAAGACUCUCCACAAACAGUUGUCCCCCAAGCAAACAUGCAGCAAGGAGGAACUGCAGAAGAAAUGGAAAGGUCUGUGUCUACCAGUGGAUCAGCUGGAGACCCUGCUGUCACUGGGCAGCUUCAGCUCAGAAAUUGACUGGAUGGAGUUUUUUGCCCUGGGCUGCAGUGCGCUGGGAGGGACUCUCAUGAGUUCUCUGAAGUGUGCCUGUGAGAUCCUGACAGAGGACGAGGAGGGCGGUGCUGCAAGGAUCCCAUUUGACACUUUUGUCAAACUUUACACUUACCUGGCUCACCUGGACGGAGACAUGCCACAGGACCACAUUGACAACUUCCUCAGCAGCCUGCAGUCACAAGUCAACAAGCAGAACGGCAUGAUUCAGGUUUCCAACUUCUACAUCAGCAGGCAGUGA